CGGGUUUCGGCCCCGCCCCCGCGCGCUAUAAAAAACGCCGCGCGGCGAGGCUCGGCCUUUUUCACCGUGGGGAGCGGCGGAGCUGACAGGUUCCAAAGUCUCUUCAAGCUUGGUUUGUGCGGCCCGCUGCAGCUGCCAAUAUCGGAAAAGUUGGAGUAAAACACGAUUUUUGAAGAUUCCAGGAUGCCAGGAAGACGCAGUGUGAAGAUCCUGGUGUCAGAAGAGUCUACUGAGAUGAAAAAGGUUAAAGAUUCCAAGAUGCCAGCAAAACACAGAAUGAAGAUCCUGGUGCCAGAAGAAGAGUCUACUGAGAGGAAAAAGGUUAAAGUCAGCCACCCAUCACAUUGCUCACAGCCUGGGCUGGUGCUGACACUGGGCCAGGGUAAUGUCGGCCAGCUGGGUCUGGGUGAGGACAUCAUGGAGAGGAAGAAGCCAGCUCUGGUCACACUGCCGGAGAUGGUGGUGCAGGUGGAAGCUGGAGGGAUGCACACCGUGUGCCUCAGCCAGACUGGAAAGAUCUACACCUUUGGCUGCAACGAUGAAGGUGCCCUGGGACGUGACACCUCGGCUGAAGGGUCUGAGACCUCUCCAGGGCUGGUGGAGCUGCAGGAGAAGGUGGUGCAGGUGUCGGCGGGGGACAGCCACACUGCCGCGCUGACCGAGGACGGCAGGGUCUUUGUCUGGGGCUCCUUCCGGGAUAACAAUGGAGUGAUUGGCUUGCUGGAGCCCAUGAAGACGAGCUCUGUUCCUUUGCUGCUUGAGCUCGAUGCGCCUGUCGUUAAAGUAGUUUCAGGAAAUGACCACUUGGUGAUGCUGACAGUGGAUGGUGACCUGUUCACGUGUGGCUGUGGUGAACAGGGCCAGCUGGGCAGAGUGCCAGCACUCUUUGCCAGCCGAGGAGGACGGAGAGGACUGCAGCGGAUGCUGGUCCCCCAGCUUGUUCCUGUCAGAGGCAAAGGGAGAAGAAGCAAAAUGCGCUUCCAGGACGCUUUCUGCGGGGCGUAUUUCACCUUCGCCGUCACCCAUGAGGGGCACAUCUAUGGAUUUGGCCUCUCCAACUACCACCAGCUGGGAACCCAGGACACCGAGCCCUGCUUCUCGCCGCGGAACCUCACGUGCUUCAAGAACUCCACCAAGUCUUGGGUUGGGUUCUCUGGUGGGCAGCACCACACGGUCUGCGUCGACUCUGAGGGUAAAGCCUACAGCCUGGGCAGGGCAGAGUAUGGCCGGCUGGGCCUUGGGACAGGAGCAGAGGAGAAGAGUACACCUACAGUUAUCCCGGAGCUCCCCAGGAUCAUCUCGGUGGCCUGCGGAGCAUCCGUGGGUUAUGCUGUCAGCAGUGAUGGACGAGCGUUUGCCUGGGGAAUGGGCACUAACUACCAGCUGGGCACCGGGGAAGAGGAUGAUGUCUGGAGCCCCGUGGAGAUGACGGGGAAGCAGCUGGAGAACCGGCGGGUGCUGGCCGUGUCCAGUGGUGGGCAGCACACUGUGCUGCUGGUCAGUGACAAGGAGCAGAGCUGAUGAAGUGAUGCCACAGCCGGGCCCAGUGGGAUCACAGCACCCCCAGACCCCCCACGUCUGCCUGGGUUGGGGAACCGACUACUUGGGGAGGACAGGAGGCUUAUGGAGCUUGGCCCAGCAGCACCUGCAUGGCUGGAACAGGGUGCCCAUGGGUUCUCCCUGCAAGUGUUUGUCUGUUCUUCUGUGGUGUCCAGUGCACUUGUCAGCUCCCUGGGUCAGCUUGGUCCUAAACAGAUCCCAGUUCUGUGCCUGGAUGGAUUUCCACUUCUCAUCUGUUUUUUUAACAUUUCCAGGCCCAGCAAAGCUGAGGGUCUUCACUCUGCAAUCAGGUUUGGGUAUCAGUUUCCCUGAGGUCCCAUCUUCCCCACAUCUGGAUGCUCCUCCACCCCCUUCACCUAAAUAUACCUCCUUGGCCUGGUUUUGUCUGCUGUGACCCCUCCAAACCCAUCUGAGCCCGUUCCAGGUGGAUGUGAGUCCAGCAGGAAUGUGCCCAGGAAGCUCUAUCCUCUAAUCCAGAGCUUGUGGCUACUGUGGGGUAUUCUGCCCCGUGAGGGGGAGUGCUGCUGGAUGAUACCUAGCACACUAACUGCUGGAGGCUCCUGUCUCCCAUCCCUCAAGCUGAAACCCCCACCCUGGCAGUGAGGCCAGCAGGUUCCCCACUCCCCGUGGCCUAGAGCAGCCACCUCACCACUGCUUUUUGCAGUCCUGGGCACUCCCUCUUUGCCUUUGCCUUUGGAAACCCAACCAAAUCCAUCCCACGGGUGGGCACACUGAUACUUUAAUUUUUUCCUCUUUCACUUGCUGAGGAAGGAGCUUCAUUUGCUGUUAGGGCCUUGCUGAGCAGACACCCAGACCCCAGCUAUGCGUGGAGUCACUGGAAACAACAGGACUCCUCCUCCUUUUCUCCCUGAUCCAACUGGUCUUGCUUCCUGUGCCCAGCCUGCUCCAUGCUCUCCUUAUAGGUACCUUGAGUGAGGAGGGGUCUGCAAAGAGCUAAAUUAUAGCAAUAGGGGGGGGGGGGCGGUCUGGGAUUAUACAAUGGUUCCGAAGGGGUUAGAUUUUUUUUAAAAAAGAAAAUGUAUUUUGGUUGAUUAAUCAAGGCAGAAAGGACAAAAAAAGUCUUUUAGCAUUUGGAAUAAACUGAGUUUUGAUAAGCCCCA